ACAUACUUGAAAUGGUGAUCAACAUGAAUGAACAUCUUCUGGAGAACGACAAAAUAUCUGAGAAUCUUAAACAUUGUGAAGAAACGUGUCGUUUGAGCAUACAUCAAUUAGAAGAAUCGAAGGCACUACAAGCAAUAUCAAAAGACAAGGCCGAAGACUACACACAUGUUUCAGAACACGCUGCCGCAAUAUCUCUUAUUAUAUCUAGCCUACCCCAAUUGAAUGUCUAUUACCAGACACCGUUUCAUACGCUCAUUGACCUUGUAAAGGACGUUAUUAAACAACGAAGACGAGGAAAGCAAUCAUCUGGCUCGUCAUUGGCACGAUCUACCGAACUAAUUACCUAUAUCACUAGAGCUAUAUGCAAAAAAAUGGCUAAAUCUCUCUAUUUAGAUCAUUACAACGUGUUUACGAUUUUGGUUGCUGUUAAAAAGCUUCAGCUUGCUGGACUGUUAAGUACAGAAGAAUGGAAAAUGUUUUACGAAACGCAUCCAAGCCCAGAUGCGUCUACUGACGUUGAGGAUUCUGAUAUCCCCGAUUGGAUUGAAACUUCAGUUUGGAAUCAAGUCUGCAGUCUUGAUAGGUUGCAAGGAUUUCAAGGAUUAAAAAAGGCGAUUAAAAGGAACGAUGCAUUGUGGAAAGAAUAUUUUGAUCUACCGCCGACGUUAAUGGCCCCUGUGCCAAGCAACAUGCGUCAAUUGUCUUUAUUUCAACGAGCCCUUCUUUGGAAAGUGUUUAAAAUGAAAAAUCUACGCGAAAUCUGUAAAGAACUUGUUCUCUCACAACUUGGUACAAGUGCGACAACUGUACCAAAUCUAUCCAUGGAUAUUGUGUACCAAGAAUCGACUUGUAUUACUCCAGUUUUGUUCUUUUUACCAGAUUCGUUAUUCUCAGAGGACUGGAGAAAACAGAAUAUAAAAGAUCCAGUUGAUGAAAUUUUAGCUCUUGCCAGACGACUAAAGCAUGAUGCUAACUUACGCAUUGUCGAUGUUUGUCAUGAGAAUCAGUUGUCUGAAGCGCACAAAAUUUUACGAAAUGCAUGUCAACGAGGCACUUGGGUGAUCAUAAAAAAUUGCCAUUUUGCGUCUCACUGGUCCCCGGAAAUUAUGGAUAUUUUUUAUCAAGUUACCUUGAGCAGUAGCAAAGAACAUAUCACUGGCAAGCAUGGCUUAUUUGAAAGAGAAACUGCUCUGUACACUGUGACGUCAUACGCCUUUGACCAAUCAUUGAUUAUGCAUCCUCAUUUCCGUCUUUGGUUGAUCACGACGCCUACAUCUGGAACCCCAUUACCGGCGGUUAUUAUACGUUACAGUAUGAAAAUAGCUUGGGACGACAAACUGUCCCAUGAUGCCACAUGUCGACAGUCUUUUCUCACACUAUGGAAUAAACAUAAGCAUUCUAAUAUCAAUUUGAAGGAGCUUGAAUCCUUAGAUGUGAAGGCUGACCCUUUAUCUUACUAUUUUGCACCGUUGGCAAUACUUCAUUCAGUUCUCCAUCAGCGCUGUAAAUAUGGUUCUCGUGGAUUUAAUAUUCCCUAUCAUUGGAGCGACCAGGAUCUCGUUUGGGGCUAUCAAUCUACGCUUCUGUUAAAGUCAUUUGUUAAAGCUGCUAGCAGAAAAAUGGCUAUGAUGCAAGAUAUGGGUAUUUUGUAUUGCGGUCAAGUUCUUAAUAUGUUCGACUGCUCCACGAUCACUGCUUUGGCUGAGAAAGAUUUUGUAUCUUCUAAUGAUCCUGAAAAAGAGCAACAAUCUGAUCAGCUUGAUAUUCUCCUUAAUUCCACUCCUAUUGAGAUCUCUUUGGAUGACAUUGGGAUAAAUAGUUUUGUGGAUGAAAGUGAAAAUCUGCAUUGUGGCAGAAAAAUGGUUUCAGACAUCGCUUCAGCGAUGAAAAGUACACAAAUAACUCGUGUUUGGUUCAAGCCGGUGCAAGUUUUCAAAGACCUGUUGGUUUCCUUUCGACAUAUCAAAUCGAACUUAAACAGUGGUAAUGAAGAAUCUACUCUUGAUGAAACGUAUUUCAUGUCUUUUUUGAAGAAGGAAUUAAGAACAUUUGUAAUUUCUCUUGAAAAAAUGGCGUCUCAGCUGGAAGAUGUUAUUUUGGCGCUCGAAGGAAGAAUAAAUUUCUCUUCAAUAAUGUAUGAAAUUGUGAAAGACUUGUCAUCAGAGUUGGCUCCUCAAACCUGGAUUCAAUAUCCUAAUAAUCCUUUGAAACUAAACCAAUGGAUGACCUCACUAAGAGAAAAGAUUGAGGCGAUUAAUAAGUACGUCCAAUAUGAAGAGAAUUCUCCUUUAGUUCUAGAUAUUUCUGUCUUCACCAAUAAGAACUCUAUGCUUCAAGCUCUUGUAUUUGAUUGGUCAAAAAGAACUGGACUGCCACCUCACGAAAUGGAUGUUAUUUGCGAGUUGAUGGCUGAACAAAGCACGCCAAACAUAAAUGCCCACGAUGCUGUCUACAUCGACGGAUUUGUUAUUCGCAAUGCAUCAUGGAAUGAAAAUGAAAGAUGUGUCGAUAAACUCCGGGAAGCUGGGAAUCAGAGAAUGCCAACAUUUGUUUUAAAACCAUUGGAAGAAAGCUUACAUGUUGUGAAAAGUAAAGGUAAACAUAAAGAGCUAAGAAUUCCAGUUUACCUGAAGGAAAAUCAUGUUAAUGGACUCGAAACUGUUUCUGUUUUAUCAUUUAUGACACUUUCGUCGAAAUUGUCGCCGAAUAUGUGCAAACGACAACAGGUUUUCAUUACUAGUGCGACUUUAUGACAUUUUUUAUUAUUCCUUUGGCAGUUUUUUUAUUUAUUCUUUGAAACAUUGUAUUUUAUAUGUAGACAGACUGUGGAUUUAUAGAUGUAACAUUUUUUUAAUUGACAGCUAUGAACUGAGUACAUGUAUAACUUUUACAGAAUGGCAGGCCACCAUCUGUUAUUUGAAUCAUGUACUUUAUGUAAGUUUUGAUUUUAUUUAAUUAAAGGUGAGUGAUUUAGUUGAAUUGUUGUCUUAAUAAUAGAUCAUGGAUGAUCACGAUUGAUGAAUAUAGCUGGGUUAAAUUUUUUGCUAUACAUUUAAGUUAUUUUAACUGCGUUUUGCUCGUUGCUUUCAACGAAAAACCAAGCUGGUUUCUUCAGAAAUAAAUAAAUAAAUACGGCGUGAAA